AUGGACGCCGAGCGAGAACGCAUUGAGCGCGCCCGCGCGAAGAAUCUUGCGUACAUUCGGGAGCAGGAUGAACUUAAGGCAACCCAAGCCACUAACAGUUUCACUGAUAAGGGAUCAGCGCCAGGUCCAAAAGGUUCCAAGGGAAAUAACAGCCUGUACAUUACAGGGCUCACCACGUACAUGGCGUGCAGACAACUUGAGGGCGUAUGCAAUAAACUAGGGAAGGUGCGGCGUAUUAAAUUUUACAAGGACGACAAAGGAGGACUCAAGGGCGACGCAGUAGUGACUUUUCAUUCGCACGUUACAAUGCUCAAAGCGGUUGACAGGCUAAACCAAUUUGAAGUCAAGCCGGGUGUCGUUAUUACGGCAACGGAAGCAACUUUUUCGAAAAAAAAGCUCAAGGAAAAUCAUUCUGUUGCAGUAGAAUGUGCUCAAGGAAUUCAGACUCCUGUGACUAUAUUGCCACUACAAACAGAUACAUCGGAAGCUGAUUCGUCACAUUUGGACUUGCCAUCGCGCUCGAUUAUUCUACAUCAUGUUUGGGACCCUCUUACAGACAGCGAUGCUGCAUUCUUCGAUGAGCUAGAAGAAGACAUGAGAUCAGAGUGCAGCAAACGAGGAGCUGUUGAACACGUUCACAUUGUGGCGAAUGGAUCGGUGAUUGUGCGUUUUACUGAAUUAAAAGCGGCUAUUGCGUGCAUUAAAGAGCUUAAUGGACGGUGGUUUGCUGGACGGCAAAUUGAAGCAAAAUUUGAUCAAUCUACAAUUGAAAACCCAAGUGAUGCAGAUACUAAGGUUGAAGCUUUUCUUGCCGUACUUGGUGAGUGA